AUGGCUCCGAUCAUUCACCGCAACCUCACCGUCCCCGAGCUGGUGCAGUGGGCGCUGAAGCUUGAGAAGGACACAGUGCUGAGCGCGCGCGGCACGCUGUGCGUGCUGUCGUACGCGAAGACCGGCCGAUCUCCGCGCGACAAGCGUGUGGUGGACACGGAUGACGUGCGCAGCAACGUGGACUGGGGCAGCGUGAACAUGAAGCUGAGUGAGGAGUCGUUCGCGAAGGCGAAGAAGCACGCGAUUGACUUCCUGAACUCACGCGAGCACAUGUUUGUCGUGGACUGCUUCGCCGGGCACGACGAGCGCUAUCGCCUGAAGGUGCGCGUGAUCACGGCCCGACCGUACCACGCGCUGUUCAUGUACAACAUGCUGAUCCGCCCGACGCAGAAGGAGCUGGAGAGCUUUGGCGAGCCGGAGUACACGAUCUACAACGCCGGCGAGUGCCCGGCAGACCCGUCUGUGCCCGGGAUCACGUCGAAGACGUCCGUGUCGCUGAACUUCAAGACGCAGGAGGAGGUGAUCCUCGGCACGGAGUACGCCGGCGAGAUGAAGAAGGGCAUACUGACGGUGAUUUCGAGCUGA